UUGAAUAGUCAUAUAUGUUUCCAAUGGGUUCUUCUUCGUGGGUUGGGAUUGCCUUAUUUUUCUUAGCUUUCACAGCCUCAUGCUUUGCAACAGAGGUUACUUAUGAUGCACGUUCUCUCAUUAUUAAUGGAGAAAGACGUGUUAUUUUUUCUGGUGCGGUCCAUUAUCCUCGAAGCACAGUGCAGAUGUGGCCUGACAUCAUACAAAAGGCAAAGGAUGGAGGGCUUGAUGCCAUUGAAAGUUAUGUAUUUUGGGACCGUCAUGAACCCGUUCGACGUGAAUAUGAUUUCUCAGGAAAUUUAGAUUUUAUCAAAUUUUUUCAGAUAAUCCAAGAGGCUGGGUUGUAUGCCAUUCUAAGGAUUGGUCCAUAUGUUUGUGCCGAAUGGAACUUUGGAGGCUUCCCAUUGUGGCUACACAAUAUGCCAGGGAUUGAGCUGAGAACAGAUAACCCAAUUUACAAGAACGAAAUGCAAAUUUUCACUACAAAGAUUGUGAACAUGGCUAAAGAAGCAAAGUUGUUUGCAUCACAAGGAGGACCCAUUAUUCUUGCUCAAAUUGAAAAUGAAUAUGGAAACAUUAUGACGGAUUACGGAGAGGCAGGGAAGACAUAUAUCAAAUGGUGUGCACAAAUGGCUUUGGCACAAAAUAUCGGUGUCCCUUGGAUCAUGUGUCAGCAACACGAUGCUCCCCAACCUAUGAUCAACACUUGCAAUGGGCACUAUUGUGACAGUUUUCAACCCAAUAACCCUAAAAGUCCCAAAAUGUUCACUGAAAAUUGGAUUGGAUGGUUCCAAAAAUGGGGCGAGAGGGUGCCUCACAGAAGUGCUGAAGAUUCAGCUUUCUCAGUUGCACGUUUUUUCCAAAAUGGAGGGAUAUUGAAUAAUUAUUACAUGUACCAUGGAGGAACUAACUUUGGUCGCACGGCAGGAGGCCCGUAUAUGACAACAUCUUACGAGUAUGAUGCGCCACUUGAUGAGUAUGGCAAUUUGAAUCAACCCAAAUGGGGACAUCUUAAGCAACUUCAUGCAGCAAUAAAAUUAGGGGAAAAAAUCAUCACCAACGGGACAAGGACGGACAAGGAUUUUGGCAAUGAAGUCACAUUAACAACAUAUACCCACACAAAUGGGGAAAGGUUUUGUUUCUUGAGCAAUACAAACGAUAGCAAGGAUGCAAAUGUUGACUUGCAACAAGAUGGAAACUACUUUCUCCCUGCUUGGUCUGUGACCAUUCUUGAUGGUUGCAACAAAGAAGUUUUCAACACUGCAAAGGUUAAUAGUCAAACCUCGAUAAUGGUGAAGAAGAGUGAUGAUGCUUCUAAUAAGCUCACUUGGGCAUGGAUACCAGAGAAAAAGAAAGACACCAUGCAUGGAAAGGGCAACUUCAAGGUAAAUCAACUUCUUGAGCAGAAGGAGCUAACUUUCGAUGUCAGUGACUACUUGUGGUACAUGACUAGUGUUGAUAUCAAUGACACUUCCAUUUGGAGCAAUGCAACUCUUCGUGUGAACACUAGGGGGCAUACCCUUCGUGCUUAUGUUAAUGGAAGGCAUGUAGGAUACAAAUUUAGCCAAUGGGGAGGCAAUUUCACAUAUGAGAAAUACGUUUCUUUGAAGAAGGGACUAAACGUCAUAACUUUGCUUAGUGCCACUGUUGGGCUUCCAAACUAUGGUGCAAAGUUCGAUAAGAUUAAAACUGGUAUAGCAGGUGGCCCUGUUCAAUUAAUUGGAAACAAUAAUGAGACCAUAGAUUUGUCAACCAACCUUUGGUCUUACAAGAUAGGUUUGAAUGGCGAAAAAAAGCGUCUAUAUGAUCCGCAACCACGCAUUGGUGUAUCAUGGCGCACUAAUUCACCUUAUCCUAUUGGGAGAUCCUUGACUUGGUAUAAGGCUGACUUUGUAGCUCCUUCCGGAAAUGACCCUGUGGUUGUGGACUUGCUAGGCUUGGGUAAAGGAGAAGCUUGGGUGAAUGGACAAAGCAUUGGUCGUUAUUGGACUUCUUGGAUUACUGCUACCAAUGGGUGCAGUGACACUUGUGACUACCGUGGAAAAUACGUACCGGCUCAAAAAUGCAACACCAAUUGUGGCAAUCCAUCACAAAGGUGGUACCAUGUACCAAGGUCAUUCUUGAAAAAUGACAAGAACACAUUGGUUUUGUUCGAAGAAAUAGGUGGAAAUCCUCAAAAUGUUUCCUUUCAAACCGUGAUAACUGGAACUAUUUGUGCCCAAGUCCAGGAAGGUGCAUUGUUAGAGCUAUCAUGCCAAGGUGGGAAAACAAUCUCACAGAUCCAAUUUUCUAGCUUUGGAAAUCCAACAGGUAACUGUGGUUCAUUCAAAAAAGGUACAUGGGAAGCUACUGAUGGCCAAUCUGUGGUGGAAGCUGCAUGCGUAGGGAGGAAUAGUUGUGGAUUUAUGGUGACAAAAGAAGCAUUUGGUGUAGCAAUUGGUCCAAUGAAUGUUGACGAGCGUGUAGCAAGAUUAGCUGUCCAAGCAACUUGUUAAGUCAGCAUUUCAUUCAAAUCAAAGUUAAAGAGAAGAAAGUUGUUAAAGGAUUCAAUUCAGUGGCGGAGCAUUGAUGGAGCAAAGAGGGGCCAUGCCCCCCAAACUUUUCUACAAUUUUUAUAAUGUGUUGCUUUAAAUAAUAUUAAUACUUUUAUAUAUGAAUUGUUUUUAUAUACCCUAAACAUUCUGUACGACUAUGAUCAAUGACAAAACAUUGAAGAAUACUAUCAAUAAAAUUUAUAUUCUGCAUUACUUUA